CACAUAGUAUUAGGCGCUACGCGUAAUGGUACAUGAUCAAAGUAUCGAACCAAUCGUCUAUGGGAUGAAACACGAUAUAUACAACGUUUUUGACCAACCGAUAAAUUGCUCUAACGGAACUGACGUUAACAGUAUCCAGUAACGUGGCUGCGUCAUUGUUUUACUCAUCAUUUGUGGCUUAUCAAUAACAAGUACUUCAAAGUAUUGUUGGUGACGUUCAAGUCGUGUGACUUGAUUCUUUUUACGUAAAGUGGUGCAAUUUUUAACGCACAACCUAUCACGAUACAAUUAGUGUAUUUAACUUAUUAUUUUAGAAGAAAAAUUUAUACAAAAUGUCUCUGUAUCCUACUCUCGAAGAUAUGAAAGUAGAUCACAUGAUUAAGGUUCAACUACAAGCGGAAUCACAAUAUAAUGUUGCACCUAUACCUAUAUCGUGUGAAAAAGCUACUCCUUCUGCACCAGUCUGUAAUUCUUCCUCUGUCCCUUUGUAUCCCUCGUUGGGAGAAUAUAUGGGCCUAGAACUUACAGAGGAAACAAUAGCAAAAAAUAUGUCUGCAUAUUCUCUUGUAAAUAGACAGAGUAUGACGGUUGAUGUUACUGCAGCAUCAGGACCUUUGGCAGGUAUGAUUGCACCGAUAUCUGGACAGUCUUUAGGUCUACAAAGAGCUCAAGUUACAAAUGGAAUAAGGGAGCUGAUCCUGUGUAAAGAUAAAGAUGGUAAAAUUGGUUUAAGAGUACAUGCUGUAAAUAAUGGCAUCUUUGUAUGUCUUGUAAGUCAAAAUUCUCCUGCUGCACUUGCUGGCUUACGGUUUGGGGAUCAAAUCUUGAGUAUCAAUAAUGUUACUGUUGCUGGAUAUACUAUGGAGCAAGUUCACAAGAUGUUACGAAAUGCUGAUAUUAACGACAUUAGAGUAGUAGUACGCGAUAGACCUUUUGAACGCACAGUUACAAUGCACAAAAACAGUACAGGAUACAUCGGGUUUCAGUUUAAAAAUGGGAAAAUUACUGCUUUAGUUAAAGAUUCUUCGGCUGCCAGAAAUGGUCUCUUAACAGAUCAUCAGAUACUUGAAGUUAAUGGAAAGAACGUGAUUGGUAUGAAAGAUAAGGAAAUUACAGCAGAAAUUGAAAAUGGUGGGAAUAUUAUCACUAUAACGAUCAUUCCAUCAUAUAUUUACGAUCAUAUGAUUAAAAGUAUGAAUAGCAGUCUACUGAAAACACUGAUGGACCAUUCUGUACCAGAUGUUUAAAAAAGUAAGUUUCAAAUCAACUUCGGGAUAUAGUUGAAUAUUUUGCUAUAACGGUGUCUGUGCAUGACACUUCGUAUUUUAUUAUCAACAGAACAUGUUGCAUGCAUAAAUAUUGAAUAAUGGAUAUGAAGUUACGAAAUAUGUUUACAGUAUUGAUAAAAAGUUUAAUUAAUUAAUGUAUAACAGUUACACUGUACUGUUAUAUCGCGGGUUCAAGAAAUAAUUCAUUUUUCUGCCAUUCUUUCAUCAGAUUCUUACAGUUAAGACAGUUUUUAUAUUUACAUAAUAAACGCAUAUUUUAUCGGUUCUGAUACAGUUAUCAUUUAUAUAUAAUAUUAUAUUGUUAGGAUUAAGAUACUUUUGUUAUUUGAAUAAAAAUACUAUGAUAUUGUUA